AUGUAGUUCGUCGUAUAAACAUCGUAACUUUUCGUUAUUACUGGCGCUACGAUUUUAUUCUAUUGAGUUCUUGAUAACGUUGUUCGUAAUAGAAAAAUGGUAAGCAACCUGAACGAGAAGUAUUUGAUAGUUGUUAAAUCUAUGAUACGACUCGUUAGCGUUAAAAGAUAAUGUGAUAUCAUAAUAGACGAGAAAUAUACGUUUAAGUAUAUUAUCAAGGCGUAGUCAUCGUGUUUGGGUUAUAGAAAAAAAGAAAAAGAGAGAAAAAAAAUAAAAAAGAACAAAAACAAAACAAAUUUUUUUCUACGCAAUGGCGAAUGAUCGAGAAGUUUUGAGAGAAAUUUGGGAUGGUAAAAUUCCCGUUUGUUUUACACUCGAUACCGAGGAAACGUGCGAAUUACAAGGUCCUGAUCCGUUUUAUCUUAUGGUGCCUAGAUUAAGUUAUUUUCCAGUGUGCACAGAGAAGGUGAGAAAACAUUUUAUAAAACAUAUAGAAAGUGAUAGCAAACAGGAUCAUGAAAUGUGGUUAGAAUUUAAUGGAAUUCCAUUAAAGUGGCACUAUCCUAUUGGUGUAUUAUUAGAUAUAUAUUCGAAUGACAUUCAAUUACCAUGGAAUAUCGUUGUUCAUUUUGAUAAAUUUCCAGAAAAUGUCUUGAUGCAUUGUCAGAACAAAGAAGUUGUAGAAUCACAUUUUCUUGCUUGCGUUAAAGAGGCAGACGUUUUAAAACAUAGAGGACAGAUUGUGUCGGCUAUGCAAAAAAAGGAACACAGCAGUUUAUGGAAUGGAUUAAUUACCGAUAAAUUCGAUCAGUUUUGGUCUAUAAAUCGAAGAUUAAUGGAAGCAGCUAAUAGCGAAGAAGGAUUCAAAUAUAUCCCUUUUCGAUGCUACACAAGCGAGGAUAAAUAUAUUCAAAAGCUUGUUAAACCAGUUAAUGAAGAAGGCCAAAGGAAAACGUUGAAACAUUUAUUGAACGAAGUAUUUCCAGAUCAAGAAAAUGUUGAAGUACGUACUCAUGGAAUUAUACCAUCACCGGAGACACCAUUGCAAUGGAUGUCAGAACAUUUAAGCUAUCCUGAUAAUUUUCUUCAUUUAGUUGUGACUUCUUCAUAACCUAUAUUGAAGGGAUGUGAUAAACUAUAACUUCAGUGUUAUUAUUUAAUAUUGCUGGUGAUUAUUUAGAAAAGAUCCUUGUAUCAUGGAUCUUCUCCUUAAAAAUACAGAUUUUAUUUUUUAUUUUUUAUUUAUUUUCUAAUAAAUGUCAGAUGGUACAUUUUGCCUCUUAUUAUAAGCAAUAGAAAUGUACUGCUUUGAUUUUAUACAUGUUUGUAUAAGGGAAGCAAGGGAUAACAAUUUAUGGAAAAUAAUUUAUUUAUUAAUAGUUAAUAAAAUCUGUUUGAUAAAGCAGAUUUUAACGUGGAGCAAUUGUUCUUACCAAUUAAAUCGAUCGUAUUUCGUAAAAAUCCGUAUCCGUGCAUUAUGAUGUAUUACGUAUGAAAUUGUUUGUAAAAUAAUUUAAAGAAUGUUUUGAUAUUUAAAUUUGAAGAAAUCAAUAUAUAUUAAUUUAUUAUCUAUAGUACAAUUCUCAUGAGGCUUACGAUACAUUCUCAAUAUUCGCAAUGGCAAAGGAUCACUUACUUCUGAAACUUCGAGAGGUCUACGUAUUAUUACCGGUUGAUUUCCAUAAUUACUAUACUCCAUAGUUCUACGACUUGCUCCAAAGCUCAAAUAGUUCACUUCUUUUUUGCUCUGAUGUUCCUGUAAUAAAAAGUUAAGAUAUAUUGAUCAUGGAACGAUAUCCUUUGAUUUUUCUUUUGCGAACUGAAAAAAAAGAAGAAGAAGAAAAAAAAAAUAGAUCACUAAAAGAUUUUCUAAGAAAAUUAAUCGAGAUAUUAUUAGUUUCGAUAGCGAAUCUUUCGUAUCUCCUGACUGAUGUUUCCUCGAAGAAAAGGAUUAAGUCAAAGAUGAAAAAGAAACGAGCAGAGGAGAGAAGGGAAAAGGGCAGAAAGAAGUUAAGAAAGGCACGAGCGUAGGAUAAAAAUAUAUACGUACAACUUCGGCGUUGCCUUUCGCAACGACAGAAACGAGACAAACGACGCUUUUUCUACUAUACCGAGGGAAGGAUCACGAUGCGUGCCUUUGUCUCCAUCUUUCUCUCUCCUCUCUCUCUCUCUCUCUCUCUCUUUCUCUUCAUCUCUGUCGUUAUGCGCCUUCAAGAACGCGUGUUCUCGCUUGUCCCUAUCUCUUUGAGUGCAAGUGCGCUUUAUAAUUAGCCGCCAUCGUGAAAAUGACUCUCGAGAGCGGCAGGAGCGUUCACUGAAGGUUUUCCCAGUCAAAUUGCUGCUCGAAUGUGACGGUCGUUUUGAUGUCACGACUUAAAUUAUUCCACUCUAAUCGCGGUUCUUCCUUGGCUAUCCUUUGAUUUUACAGAGAAUUGAAAAAAAAUGUAAGAGAUAUAUAUAUAUAUAUAUAUAUACAUAUAAGGAGAAACAAAGAGAGGAGAGUAUAGUUUGUGCAGCAUGCAGAAAUAUGUUUUGGAGAUUAAUAAGAAAGUACUUUUAUUUGGA